AUGAGCGGUCAGAGUUCGCAAAACCCCCUCCCAGAGCGACGUUCAGAGAAGAAAAAUAUCUCGCGUACUCAGAGGAGGAACAAGGAUGAGGAACGUAGAGUGAACAAAUAUGCUGAUGUCAUGGCUUUGCUGCUCACUUUCGAAUACCACGACCUGGGGGAACAUCUGACCAAUGAAACCACGACUCUUCUGGAAGCGUUUAAGACUUUGGGCUAUGAAGUCGAGGCGUUUGAUAUCCCUAUGAAGAACUCUGAGAAUGCCUUAUAUGAGAAAGUGGACGAGUUCUUGAAGAAGGCAAAGAAGAAGGCAGAGGAGAAGGCAGAGGAGAAGGCAGAGGAGAAGGCAGAGGAGAAGGCAGAGAAGGAGGAAGAUAUACUUCUCAUCAUUUACUAUCACGGACAUGGCGGAGUGUCUGACGAUGGACUGGAACUCGUCAGCCAUAACAUUCCGGACGAUAUAUACGACCUGGGACGCACUAUGAGUUCGAUCCUGGAGCACCUUGCCAACGCCAACAAGGAGAGUGCUGAGGAUACCAAGUGCAUCAAGUGCGCUGGAUCUGACAACCGCUGCACCAACUGCACCAUCGGCAAUAAUCGAACUAGGAAGAAGAUAAUCGACGAGUGGCAAAGAUAUCAGCGCGUUGCCACGGUGAAGUGGCAUUAUAAGAACCAGAAAAAACCUGACGACCAGAAAAAACCAACCCUCAGGAAAAGGAUUUUGGAUGCAAAGUACGACACGCUGGUCAUUCUUGAUUGCUGCAAUGCGGGACUUGCCACCAUGGGUGAGGCGUGGCAAGGUGUCGAGGAGGGUGACCAUACAGCGAAAAGCCAGGAAAGCGAGGAGAAAUUCAAUGAUUACCGCAAGGAGCUGAUUGGGGCCUGCGGCUGGGACGUCAAAACUGCAAAUUGGAUGACCCAGUCUCUGCUCAAGUCCCUGAAACAUAAUCUUCUUGAUGAGGAGGAUGCUAUGUCGAUGGCCACGGUCGUUCGCGACAUGAACACCAUUCUGGGCGACAAGUUUUUGGAAAACCGCAGGAGAUAUGGCAAUCGCAAGGCAUUCCCCCAGGCUGUGCACUAUCUACUCGAUCGAACCAAGAGAGGAAGAAUACUUUUGGAGGCGCACACAAAGCCAAAAUGGGAAGCCCAAGAACAAGGAGGAAACGAAACCAAAAUAGCCUAG